AAUUCAGGCCUUGGACCUGGCUUCUCAGCAGUUAUCCCUGAGGGGGAAGACUCGGCUGGCUCCUGGAAAUGUGCUGAGAACCCACAGAGCUUCCCCACACCUUCAGAUUUGCACCUUGCUGCUCAGGAGGGACCUUUCCAACCUUCCUUCCCAGCCCACUAUGGCCAGUGCCAAUAGCAGUGCGGGCAUCCGUUGGUCCAGACAGGAGACACGAACUCUUCUCUCCAUACUAGGCGAGGCAGAGUAUAUCCAGCGCCUCCAGACUGUGCAUCACAAUGCAGAUGUCUAUCAGGCUGUGUCUAAGCGAAUGCAGCAGGAAGGCUUCCGCCGCACCGAACGUCAGUGCCGCUCCAAGUUUAAAGUUCUGAAGGCGUUAUAUUUAAAGGCCUAUGUGGCCCACGCCACCAGUAUGGGCGACCCACCACACUGUCCAUUUUAUGAUACAUUGGAUCAGCUUCUCCGAAAUCAGAUAGUGACUGACCCAGACAACUUAAUGGAGGACGCUGCUUGGGCCAAGCACUGUGAUCAGAAUUUAGUGGCCUCUGACAACCCAGGGGACGAGGGAACCAGCACCCUGAAAGCAAAAAGGACUCGGACAGCUGAUCAUCAGCCUUUCUUAAAAACAGUUAAGGAAUCAGAUGAGGAUUGUCAGCUGACAGUCAGUGACCAGAUGCGAGAAACCAGUGACCUUGAGGACUCCUGGGAUGAAUCCUCGGGUGCAGGGUGUUCUCAAGGGACCCCCAGCUACAGCAGCUCCCACAACCUUUUCAGAGGUUCACUGGCUCCCUGUCAGAGCAGCCCCAUGACCAGACUGGGCAUGUCGGGGGAGCCCAGUCCCUGCGCCAGCACCAGCUGCCACCCUCCUGGUGCAGCCUCCACACCGCGGCCUCCAGUCUCCUCUCCCAGAGUUGGCUUUGUUAAAACCAGUGAGCCCCCUCCAAAGUGGGCAAGGCGAAGAAGGCGGUCAGUGGCCAGAACUAUUGCAGCUGAGUUGGCAGAAAACAGGAGAUUGGCACGAGAACUUUCAAAGCGUGAGGAAGAAAAAUUGGACAGGCUGAUUGCUAUUGGUGAGGAGGCCAGUGCUCAGCAAGACACUGCCAAUGAGCUCCGCAGGGACGCUGUCAUCGCAGUCAGACGUUUGGCGACAGCAGUGGAAGAAGCAACUGGUGCUCUUCAGCUAGGGCUUGAAAAAUUGCUUCAGAGGUUGAUUUCGAAUACCAAAAGCUAGGAACCGAUUAUAAAAGGGCCCAUUUCCUAAACUGGGAGAAGUCUGGUUCCAACAUUUACCUUCUAGAACCCGGGCUCCUUUUCUUUGUCCUCAAAAAAAAGGUGGAUGAACCAUUAAUACGGAGAGUACUAGGGAUAUACUUGCUAGUUCCUUUCCCUAAGAUUCUCCACUAAUUGUAAGAGCUUUCAGAAAUGUGAGGGGUGGCCUAGUAGAAAAUGGAUGGGGUCCGAGUCCAAGAGAGCUAGUUUGUCCUGGCUUUUUCUCUCAUGUAAGGCAAUUUAGUUUACCUCUCGACAACAUUUUCCUCAACUGUAAAAUGGGCUUGAUAAUAACUCCUGCCCUGCCUACCUCACAGGGUUGUUGUGAGGGUCCAAUGGCUGAUAGAUGUGAAAGAUUUUAAAAGUUUAAAAACACUGUACACAUUUAAGUUAUUAAUGCACACGACCUUAGCUGCGGUAAGGCUAGGGUGAGGCACAUUAGUUUACAAGAUAGAGGAGUAUGGCUGUAUACGAUGACCUCGUUGCUUGAAUCUUUACUAGUUUAACUUGAAUGCUUCAUGGAGUUUGAGAUCUUAAUUUUUUAAAUCCCUCGGUGGCUCAUUAGACUAGUAUUGGUACAACAUGUAUUUGUACCUUUAUCUCUUCAUGUUCAUUGCUGUGUCUCCUAUGUACGUACUACGCAGUACUCUCAACAGACCAUCUUUCUCUCCUUUGUUUUACUAGUUCUUAGUCGCCUAUCAAUAAAAGGAUGUGAUUAGGAACCAACAGGGAGCCACAAUAGUAUGUUAUGGUUCAUAUUGGUAAUCUCUGUGAAAUACUGGCUGUUUUAAAUGUAAGCAAAUUCUUUACAGCCCUUAUUAUUUGGGUCCCUGUGGAUGCACAAAUUACAUCUUUAAAUUUUGGUUACCAUUUGAACAUUGUGGAAACCAUUCCGGGUAUGUUUCCAAUUUGCUUUUAGCUAAUUUCAUUUUCUGCUGUUUUUUUGUCUAGUACGUUGUAGAGAACAAACAACUAGACAACUUUCCUGCUAAGAAACUUAAGGAUACUUUUUCUUAAGUGUUGUGGACAGAAGUUCAUGUCCUUAAUGGCAUAUGGUGGAGAACAGCUUUGUUGCCCUUUUUGCUUUGGAAACACUAAAGGGUUGGAUGGAUCAGUUCUGCCUGUAGUAGAUGGCUCCUUUAAAGCACAAACCCUCAACAAGUACAUCACCCCCACACCACUUAUUUGGAAGAGAUGAAGGUGAUAAGCCAAACUUCCAAUUUACCUUAGAAUGGAAGCCAUUACUGGCUAUCACUGAGCUAACUUAAAGCUGUUAGGGUUUUCUUGGUGCUUUCAGGAAAUACAAAUAGGAAUCUUUGGGAUUUAAAAAGCUUCCUGCUGUCUCUAGAAGCUGGUGGGGGUGGGGGGGAAGUGGGCAUGUUGGGAGAGGUUUUGUUUUGAAUUUUGCUUGGGUGCUCAGUUAAGUGUAAGAAAUGGUCAACACAACAGUGGGACCAUACUUGGAACCGCGAAUAGAUGGCAGGCUAGGCAGCUGGUGUGGUAGAGUAUACUGGAAUCUAGUUAGAACCCCUGGAUCUCUGUUCUCUCUCUGUUUCAUCAAGCCGCUUGCCCUUUUCAUGCCUCGAUUUCUUCAUCUCUAAAUUGAGGGACUUGUACUAGGUGAUUUUUUUCUAGUACCUUCCAGUUCUAAAAAUGUUUUAAAUAGCAUAAUAAAAACAAGUGAAAGUGAAGUGAAUUUAAUUGUAAUGCUUUCAGUCAGGCAGCAUAUUAGUGUAUGUUGGAAAUACUAGUAACUAACAAUUGUAAGGUAGCAUUCUGUGGCACUAGUGUUUAUUAAUAUAUUCUUCAACUUCUAAGCACCACACCGGACCUACAGAUUCCUUACUUCUUAAAAAGGGUAUAUAUUCAGGCCUUGAAAUGGAUACAGAUGUAUACCUAAGUCAUUACAUGGAAGGAUAUGGGUCAGUUAUAACUGGACUUAACCCUAUUGUAGAUAGGUAGACUUUUCUGCAAAAACAGGGAAGUACUUGAAGGAGAGUUAGACCUAUAAACCUGUUAGUGGUAGCCAAGUACUUAGGCAGGAAUUUCUUGGAGCUGAGUGAAAUGCUGAAGCAUGGAAGUAGAGUUCAAGUUUGAAGAUAGCAUUGUGAAAAUCUAGUGAGUAAAGCGACCUAAAUGUGGGAGUAAAACUCAAGGGAAAGGUCCUGAGGAAGUAAACAGAAAAAUAGGCUAAAAGGAUGAAGGGAGACAGCGUUCAAGAAGACAAGCGGGUAUCUGCCGGGGCACCAGGGCCUGACCAUUACCAUCCGCAUCUUAGACUAGCCUUUCCACCAUUCUGUACCUCAGGUUCCGCAUCUAUGAAGUGGGAAACUCGUUAAUUGUUGUACCUACCUCACAGGGGUGUUGUGAGGACCAAAGGAGCAGCUGAAUGUAAGGGCACCGUCAUGUAACGGGAGUAUGUGAGAGCAUGUGAGUCCUGGGCUGUGCUGACCCCACGGGCUGCUGAUAAAGGUGAUAAAGUGGUAGGAUUAACUCUUCCUCCCAAAGACCGUUGAUGUAAAUGAGGUGCUAUGUAUACCAACCCCCACUGCCUUUGUUUUUAUGUUCAGUAAUCUAAUCCUGGUGUGGACAAAUAAAGUUUCUACUUGUA